CUUUACAACAAACCUUAACAAAAUAUACCCAACACAAAUUCCAUUAUACUCCGUCAACAUUUUGUGUGUUUUGUUUCACAGUUCUUCAGUUGCAAACUUUCAGCCAGAUCGAGCGGCUGGCGUUGGAUUAUACGUUCGCUAUCGCUAGCUGAUUCGUAGACAGUUUAUAUCAGUCUUCUUAGGUUUGUCGUCUUCUUUAGCAGAUGAGAAAAGGUAGAGAGUAGUUGAUGGUGGUAUUAUUAACACACACAGAAAAAACCUUUUCGGCCAAUUGACUCGUUGUUUGUUGACCGGAUCCGGACGGACGUUUGCUCUUUUUUGGUGAAUUCUUUCCGAACGGAAAUCAAUCAAUUUUUAUUUUAGAAUUUAAACCAUUUAAGCCAUUUAAGCCAUUUUAAAGUGGUGAAAAGUGUAUUCUUUGAAAAAGGAAAAAUCACUGAAUAAAAACCGAUUUUUGCGGGCAAUUUCUUUGAAAAAUUGGGGAAGUUAUAUUUAAACAAAUUUCGUGCAAAUAAAUUUUAUUGAUUUUGGUGCUGUUUGUUUACACUUCUUUAACCUACACCCACGCAUUUUCAAUUGAUUUUUUUGUUUAUACUUAUUUUUAAUGGUUUACAAAAGUUGUGCUAAAUUUCUUUUAUUGAAAUAUUAAAUAAAAAAAAAAAAAAUAAAAUAAAUAAUCUAUUAGCUCAUCAUUGAAUCGUUUCUAAGGGAAAAGUGCAAUUAUAGAUCAGUGAAGAGUGCAAACAAAAAAAAGUUGUUGUUUUUUUUGCUCUUGAAUAAAAAAUUGAGAGCAAAUAAUUAUAAAUAAAUAGAAAAAAGUGAUUUUCGUUCUUAUCAUCAUUUUCAUUGUGCUAGAAAUCAACAACAAAACAAAAUGCGACGAAACGUCAAAUUAAUUGCAUUCGUUACUGUCAUCUGGAUGUUCGUAAUGGUCUAUUAUCUCCAAUCGAGUACUGGCAAGGUGGAGAAUCGAGCGUUGCGGCUACGUGAAGUGGCAACAGCCCUCCAAUACCAGGACGAGUUCCAACCAUCGUCUACACCACUCUUGGCACACCAGCAGCAGCAGCGCAAUUACGGCGCCGAUAAGCCACAACAACAGCACAUAUUUCACCGCCAACAAAACGCCAUCGUAUCCGGUGGAGGUGGAUCAGCCGGCGAACUGGUUCCCCAUCCAAGAGUGGGCGGACUGGGGCUGAAUGGAUUAAUGCCGGAGGAAACCUCACCAUCAGGUGGCGCUGGUGUUGGUACAGGCAGCGGUACAGAAUGGGAGUACUUUGAUGAGGUUGGAUAUAUUCGUGGUGGUGCCUUGAGGACCGGAGAAGAUCCGUACAUACGGAAUCGCUUCAAUCAGGAGGCAAGUGAUGCAUUGCCAAGCAAUCGAGAGGUUCCCGACACAAGGCAUCCAAUGUGCCGUAAGAAAAAAUGGAGAAAGGAUUUGCCAGAGACAAGUGUCAUUAUAACAUUCCACAACGAAGCCCGUUCAACAUUGUUACGGACGAUAGUAAGUGUCCUUAAUCGAAGUCCGGAACGACUAAUAAAAGAAAUAAUCCUCGUCGACGACUUCAGUGACCAUCCUGAAGAUGGCUACGAAUUAGCCAAAAUCGACAAAGUUCGAAUAAUUCGCAACGACAAACGCGAAGGUCUCGUCCGUUCGCGAGUUCGUGGCGCUGACGCCGCCAUUGCCGAAGUCCUAACCUUCCUCGACAGCCACGUUGAAUGCAAUGAAAACUGGCUCGAACCCCUGCUCGAACGUGUUGCCGAAGAUCCAACACGUGUCGUGUGUCCCGUCAUCGAUGUCAUCAGCAUGGACAAUUUCCAAUACAUUGGCGCAUCAGCCGAUUUACGCGGUGGUUUCGAUUGGAAUUUGAUAUUCAAGUGGGAAUAUUUGAGUGCAUCGGAACGUGCCCAACGGCAACACGAUCCAACUUCUGCCAUUCGAACUCCAAUGAUUGCCGGCGGCCUAUUUGUCAUCAAUAAAGCCUAUUUCAAUAGUUUGGGCAAAUACGAUAUGAAAAUGGAUGUCUGGGGCGGGGAGAAUCUUGAGAUUUCCUUCAGAGUUUGGCAAUGUGGUGGUAGUUUGGAAAUAAUUCCAUGCAGCAGAGUUGGUCAUGUAUUCCGGAAACGACAUCCUUACACAUUUCCCGGAGGAAGUGGUAAUGUAUUUGCUCGAAAUACCCGAAGGGCUGCCGAAGUUUGGAUGGAUGACUAUAAGCAAUAUUAUUAUGCAGCCGUUCCAUUAGCUAAGAAUAUUCCCUUUGGCAACAUUGACGACCGACUGGCACUUAAGGAAAAACUUCACUGCAAACCAUUCAAAUGGUAUUUGGAACAUGUGUAUCCUGACUUGCAGGUUCCAGAUACACAGCAAUAUGGUCAAUUGCGACAAGGCCCAUUCUGCCUGGAUACUUUGGGCCAUUUGAUGGAUGGAACUGUUGGCAUCUAUCAAUGUCACAACACUGGUGGCAAUCAAGAAUGGACACUAACGAAGCGCGGCCAAAUCAAACAUCACGACCUUUGUCUGACACUUGUCAAUUUCGCUAGAGGCUCCCAGGUGGUAAUGAAGAUUUGCGAUGAGUCCGAGAACCAAAUAUGGACAAUGCGUGACGGUGGCUUCAUCAAACAUUCCAAAAUGAACAUUUGCCUGGAUACGAGAGAUGUCCAUGAUAUGGAUGGUAUAUCAGCUGAACGAUGCAAUUCAGCGCUGGAUACACAGCGAUGGGCGUUUGUGACUAAAUUAGCGUGAGUCAAGGAGUAAACCAACCAACUACACGAAAAACUUUUUUCAUGUUUGGACACACGACACGAGUGUGUGAUGGAAUCCUUUUUAUAUGUAGGUAUCCAAAGGAUCUCCAUGGUGAAAGUUUGAUUUAAUAUAAAAAAAAAAAAAAAUAAGAAAAAGUGCGAGAGAAAA